UUGUUUGCACGUAUAUUUGAAAGGUGUCCGAAUUUCGAAAUGGGUAUUUAAUUACAGUACAGGACUUUUCAAAUUUUGGAAGAAUGGAACGUCAGCGGGGAAAGCGCGCGUCGUGUCUGAAAGUGUACACGCGAAUAGACGAUGAAGUGACUCAGACUAGAAGCAGUUCCAAUCCUUCUUCACAAGAACGUAUGUCGGAUGUGAAUACAGACUUCACCUCGACCACCACCAUGCGACGUUCCAUGAAGCGAGUCAGCUUUGCAAGGCAACUACAGCAAGUGCACGUGUUUGAGAGGAACCACGGGAAUUCCCCGAUGCACCAUCAAGCAGAUGAGAAUUGCCCUGUUCGUCCUACUGACGAGAACGCCUUUCAUGGACUUCUGCAUGACCCAGUGAAGCUUGUUGAUGGGGGAGAUGAUAUGGAUAUUUCAGAACUUGGAAGUUCUGUUGUCGAAGAUAAUCGAUCGCUUGUUUUCAUCCCCGACGAGGAUGUCGGACGAGAAAAUGUUUUUGAAAAAUCUGCCUUCAUAACUGACGAAAAUUUCGAUGGUUCCGAAGUUGAAGGUGGUGAAAUCGAGCGACAACCCUUAAAUCCGUUGAAUAUUUCAACGCCUCCAAGACUCGAUUCGCUUCCACUGGCGGAAAUGGAAUCGAGCAUGUUCUUUUUGCGAACGCCGGAAAUUCGAAGGUUUGGCAAUACUCAUAUACAAGUAAAACCUGCUGCGAUGGAGUUCGAAGAUUCGGCGAAACUUGACGACGCGACAGCAUACGAAUCUUUACGGCCGAACUGUUCGUCAAGAACGCAGAACAUCACUUCCAGUCACGAAGACUCAUCCAGACGUCGAUUGACUCAAGUUUUGAACGUAUCCGAUGCAUUCAACGUUCAGCGACCGAUCGUCGACUCCGACAUGGAGAUCUCCAACCGUUCUGACAGCAUCGUAAACCCACUUUCAGUUCCUCACAAACCGCUGACAUCAACCUUGGUCGGAUCCGGGCAGAAGUCCUUCAGCAUUCAUUGUUCCAGUGAUGAAGAAAAUUUCAGUCCCGUGAGCAUUCCGAAGUACCAGCAUGAUCGAAAAUCGAGGAAAAGCUUUUUUCCGGAUCAUGAUCGGGCUUCUUUCUUGGUUACGCCGCUGCAAAUAUCAAUAAACACCAGUUCUAAUCUCGUUCCUCAAAAGAACCCUCAUCUUCGCAUGCCAGAAAACCCGUUCACCCUGCCUGGAACAGAAACAUUUUUCAAACAAGCGUCGAAGUCUGUGCGACGAGCAAAAGUCCCUAAAUUUGUUCUUUCCCAGAAAGAUCCGGAUAUAAUCAGAGAUACUGCGGAAGAGGAAGCAAAAUCCCGGGAAAAGUCGCGAGUGGAUAGUGAACGCUUUAUCCAAGAAGAACUUGAAGCCUUCAAGAAAAAAGUACAAGAAAUCAAAGAGUCUAUUGAAGUUGCGCGGAAAAGCUCCGGAAAAAGUUCAACUCGUGUAAUUCGUGGCGGCGCCUUGAAGAAAUGUUGGUGGACCGAGAAAGUCGGUGUUCCGUUGAGAAACCCGCAAGCGACUUCCUGGGGCUCUUGUAAGCGUUACCUCGAUUUAACUCAUUCCUCGAAAUCAGCUAUUCAGAAUUUUCUCAUGAACCCGUGUAAUGAGAUUGAGAGUUUCGAAAUGGUCUUACCUGAAGCGAAAGGUUACAUAGUUCUAGAACUGGGCGAACCCUUCCUUGCACCUCAAGUUGGCGAUGCGCAAACUCUUCAUUGGGACAUUCGUUCAAUCAGUCUGCGUUGUGCUCCUUCUGAAUCUGUUUUCGAUUCCAUGAGCUCCGCCGUGUUGACAGCCGCGUGGAAUCGACAUAAAAAUGUGUGGCGUCAGUUCAAAACCACCGAGACGUGGACGUUGAUGAUGGAGAAGUUGUCGCGUUGGGUGUACUUGACGAGUUUUUUCUUCACCGAUAUCGAUAUCUGCUCGCUGCAAAGGCCGUGGACUCAGUUGAGCUUUCCAACUUCCAACACAAUCCGCCUGCAGGCGUGGUGUGAGCUGGAUGUAUGUUGUGAAUUUUUUUCUGAAGUUGAAUUCGACUUUUCCAAGCAAUAUCCGGAAUGCAAGAUUCGGGUGAAUUCAGUGAAAUGCUCGGUGAUGCCUUUGGAUGUAAUUGUGUCGAAACGAAUUGCGAACCAAAUGAUCGAUACCUUCAGAAGCAAGGGUAUAACUGGUAUGAUGGAUGUCUUGAUUGAGCAGGCGAACAAGAGUCAUUCUUCGAACGCUUUCGAUCAUGUCUAUGCUUGCGGAGCCGCGGAAAAGGCAGCGAUGGUCGAUGAAUCCAAAUGGAAUGAAUUGGUCGUGCGAUUUCUCUAG